AUGGUAUCUCGUGAAGCUGAAGAAGAAAUAGAGAGAAGAGAAAGAAUCACUGAAAAAUUUUACAAUGAUGAUCGGAAACUCUAUGAUAUUGAUUACAGGGAAUACCUUCGGGACUUUGGUAUUGAUGGUGAUUCACAUGAUUCAAUUAAAAAGUGUUGGAAAUCAAUUAUCUGGACCAAAUUUUAUCUAAAGAUGGAAAGACCUUAUGAAGACUGUGAAUCAGCUAUAAAGCGGAUCAAAAUGAUUGUCAAGUUCUUCUUCAUCUUUCCCCUUCUAGUGUUCACUGAUACAGGUAAUUUAUGUGAUGUUGAAACGAAAGAGAGUCUUGUCGAUCGGACAAAAACUCGUGCCACUAAAUUAAUUAUGAAAGACAACAUAGAAUAUGAAAUGGAAUAUAUUUUAAACAGUGACCAUGAUGAACUGAAGCAAGUUUUCGAUGAAUUAUAUCAGAAUCUCCUAUCAAGUCUCGAACACUCCAGUCAUGAUGCAUACAGAUCGCACAAAUGUGCUAGAAUACUAAUGAGCGAGAGUGACAUACAUACAAUAGGAUAUACGUACGAUUUUAAAACCUUUCACAGAAUGGGAGGCCGAUUUGGACCUUUAGGUUUGGCAACAGUGGAGGAUACUCAUUUGGAACCUAUAACUAGGAUUAUGAAACUUUUAUUCGGCCGCGGGAUCAUCCUUGACCGCUACACACGACUCAAAACAGAUAUUGAGACCACUGGACACUUAAGAUCAAUGAGUCUGGAGCCAGACUUUACAUUAAUUCAAAAGCUUCAUGAUAACCAAGAGCGCCCAUUGAUUCCUUUCGAAGUUGUGCCUUACAAUGCUGGCAAAGUUUUUGAAUGCUUGGGUAAGCUUGGAUUAUCUCGUCAUUUUGCUAAUAUAUGCUUUUGUAACAUGCUCGCUGCUAAAUCUGAAGUUGGUUAUCUACUUGAUGGAAAUAGCUUUGCAGAGAUUGGGUUCAAUUUUGUCAAGUAUCAAGAUAUGAAGUUGGAUAUAAAUAACCCAGACUCGAUUGCACCUAUGACUGUCCGUGUGUUUGAUAACAAAUCUGGGAACUUUACUGCAACUAUGAUGCUUUGUGCUAAAGUUUAUUCGACUUUGAAAAAACUGAAGACUGGUGAGUUCAAUGAAAUCCAAGAAGUAAUGGAGAGGUGUAAAUCAACUUUUUAUAAAAGUGGUAAAGAAGUUGCAGAAACACUUCAAAAUGCUGCGAAGGUUUACCACAUGGAUAAGAGCUAUUUUUUUGAAGAAGUCACAUACUGGGGCCAGUAUGAAGAAUUACAAGUUGGUUUUGAAUGCAAUUGUCAAGUUUUGGCACUAACAUUGAAGCAACUUGAAGAGUUAUUUUCGCAAAAUCUUCAAGAGGAGUUUAAUAUCAAAUCGAAGGAUCAUAGAUUGGUCCUUAAGAUUUACGAUCCGGUUAGAAAAAUCUUCACUGAAGAACCUUGGGAUCUCAGGAAGUACAAUGUUGCGAAAGGUAUUGAAGAUUACAAAGAAAAUGAAUUGAACGCUUAUCAAAGAAUUAGAGAAUUCAAUAUUUCACAAGCACGGGGGUCACCAAAGAUAAAUGCACCAACUAUUUACAAGACUGGAAAUAUCAAGUUGACAAUUAAAGAUAAUGAAGACUUCUUCUCAGGUGGUUAUAUAGUUAUGGAUCUUUUGGAAGGAGUUGUGACAACCACUGAACAUCUCAAGAAGGGAAGAAAACAAGCUGAGCUCUUCCAGAAAGCUGGUGUUGACAAGUUCUCUCUCAGAUUUUCUAGUGUUCGUGUGCACAAUGGUGAAGUUUACUUCAUUGGUUAUGGCUUUUCUGAAUUAACUUCUAGGGAUUCAGAGUAUAACACAUCGCUAUUGUCUAAUUGGGAGAUGUAUAUUGAGUCCAAAUUAUCGGGAACUUUAAAAUGA